CUUAAAAUUAAAUCUGUAUUUUAUAAUAAUUUUGAUGUAAAAACUUGACCUAAUUACACCGGAAGGGUGUGGUAUGACAAGUAUGUGAAGUCAUUUUGCACGUGUCACGACAUGCUCUCCUAAAGUUAUUUCAUCACCUGAAACGAAAAUCUUGUUAGAAACACAUUAAAAAUUGCAUUUAACGUCGCGACAUGAAUCUCAUUCCCUGCCGGAUUACAAAUUAACAAGUUCAAGCGUGCGCCCGCGCGUUAUGGGCAAAAUUUAGAUGUAUGUACAAAGUGCGGCAUUGGAGAAAUUGCGUGUAUAUUACCGGGUGGCCUAAUUGUAUUCCAAGUGAGUGUAUUCUAAGGGAGUGGCACGCUCGACCCACUCGUCUUUGCUUUUCCUUAUUGGCGAUGCGAGGGGGCGCGCAGGAACUUAAAGCAACGUAUCGAUAACAUCACAUGCGGGAAGAGAAACUCCGUGAACGGAUCAAGAUACAUAUUUAAUUUAUCUUGUUCCACUAAGCAAAAAUAGUAUCUCUCAAGAACUAUCAGGCAAAAUCACGUCCAGAUUAAACAACGACACUUUAGGAAGAACAUCAUACAUUCACUCUACAAGGAAAUUUGCACUGUUGUGAGAUAUUGAUUAAAGUAUUAUAAAACAUCGUUUAUAUACAGAGAAUAUAUUAUAUCCAUAAGAAACAUAUUUCUAAAAUGACGUAUAUAUACGUAUGUAUACAACAAUCUACGGAUAUCUUCAUUGAGCGGGCGGAAGCAGUGAUUACAUUCACGGCGAAUGGUUAUUUGGACGUUAAGAUAAAUAUCCCAGCCCGCAUCGUCAAAGUUCUAUUGAACCCUCAGCUACCCGGUACUUGCCUGCCCGACCGAGAGGGAAUUUCGAAGGACUAUCUGACAAGAUAAAUUCCACGCGGGGCGACGUGGCCUAAUUAUAUUUCAAGGGAGUGGCGUUUCAGCCAUUCAAAGGUGUCAUACCUACACCCUUGCGCGGCUCUCUGAAAGUUCGCAGACUCGAAGGAUGGAUCCGCGCGGCGCAGGAUCGGGCCUGCGUGUUAAGGUCACAAACGCCGACUAGAGUCGCCAUGGUUACGUGUCGAGUUCUCUCACCCCGUGCCCACCCCGCCAUGGACCAUCCCGACCCCCGGGAGAGAGAUGCAGGCUUCAACCCUCUGUAUACCCGCAGCGCCGGGGCGGCUCCCGAGCGACGCAGACGUUCAUUCCGGUUGACCCAGGUCGCGUGAUCACCGAAACUCUCAUUCUGAUCGUGUCAUCAGCAUCAUGUGCCAUCGCGGCGACGCCCGGAAGAAAACGUGAGGAAAGCCGCAGGGCAGCAGUCUCGAGCUGCAAGCGGUGCUUCCGGUGCGAGAGAGGUUCGAUGAAUCGAGCAUGACCACGAGAGGGUGCGUACCUUGAAAAUGAAUGACCUUGAACGCGUACACCUGCAAAGCGAAGCCGCGGCGGAUUGAUUGGCACACGAGAGGAUGGAAUCGCGAGAGCUGAUCAUGCGAUGUGGUUGCGUACGAAAGGUCCUUCGAAGCUUAUCCGUGAUAAGUCGUGGCAAGUACGUUUGACGCUUCUUGUUUGCAUGUCAAGUUGACGAGAAAUUAAGAUGUAAAAUAUUGAGGAAUUGUUGAAAUUGUUGAAAAAAUAUGCACGCAAUAUGUGAAUCCCGUAACGAAACAAAUGACACACCACGAAAGUAAUAAAACGACUGGGAUGAGAAAAUAAGUCGUGUUCUGUUAUCGAGUGAUAGAAUAUCUAUGAGAGUAUAUUUAGAUGAAAAAGAUAUCUAAUAUAUUUAGUACAGCUGUUAUACUUAAUAUUAAUCUUAAGCGAGAAGAAUCUGUAACAAGAAGCCUUGAGAGAUUUCCAACACUCAUUAAAGGGAUCUCUUGCUACGUAGACACAAUUCACAAUGGAAACGAAAACCGCAUAGUUGAUAUAUACCAUAUACAAGCUAUACAUAGUACAAAAUACAAAAAUGCUCAAACAGUAGUAAGUUCGAUAACGAUAAAACUUUUUUAAUUUGAUCCUGAUGCAAUAAGGAUCGAGUGCUUUAGCCUACGUGCUCAAGUAGGAGCGAAUUACGUUACGCUAUAUACGUCUAUACGACACUUGACCCAAGUGCGACGAUUGAUGAUCCGCUUUAUAUCCGAGAAACGCGUGGAAAGGAUUGCGUAAAAGUAAAGAAAAAAACUAGAACAAAUAAAAUAAGACGAGAUAGUGUCCGGUAUUACGAAAUGGACAUGAUGUAUUGAUACACGUGGUUCCAAGUGUGACACAGUGACUCUGGAAUCCUAUAUAUGGCCGAGAAUUAAGAUUAGAAGUCACGUCUCUCUGGGAUAAUCAAUUGAACCGAUUACGAUCAAGUUUUGUUAAUCUUAUUUUCUAUGAGACAGCGACGUGAAGUACAAUUUAUCAUUUGCCUGGAGACGUUAUUGAAAUUAACGUAAUUGUUUUGUUCGAGAAAGUAAUUGUCGUGCCAAAGAAAAGAGGUAAUGACGCUACUUGAAGAAUUGAUGAUUCCUCAUGAUCGAUAUCGGAGAUUAUAUCGUCGUUGUCGAGGCGUUUGAUUAAUUUAACCGACAUCACUUGCAUAAUGAAGGAUACAUGGAAAUAAAGCAUCGCAUAAAAGCCUCGAACACGAUCUUGUGCACCGAUGAGUUCUAACACCAGUUCGCUGUCGCGCGCUUGGCUGCGGGCGAAUUGCUGCCGUUGCGGUGACACCCGGCAGGAUGCGGUGAAUAAUAAUUUUAAGGACGUCGAGACGCCGCUACGAGAGGAGACGGAGACGCUUUUGCAUCGUAUCGCCUUUACUGUCUGGCACACUGCCCUCCAUAUAGAGAGCGAGCACAAUGGCGGCUACGAAUCACAACCGAAAAACAUCAUCACAAGGAACAAACAACAACAGGUGCAGACGUCAGCGAUGGCGUCAACUCCUGCGAGGACGCCGGGCGUCGGCGCGGAUUCGACAAUGACGGGAUCGGGAAAGGGCGGAGGUCGCGUGACGGAGGUGAUGGAGCUCUGUUACGUCACCGAAAGGAUCAUCGCCCUCUGGUAUAGAGAGGAUGCGCAGGGUGUUCUUGAACACGCUACCACUCUCCUGCGCGGGAAACACGCCGAUAAUUACAUGAUUUUUAACUUAUCGUCGCCUGGUCGACCCGGCGAGCCGAAUACGAGAGAGGCUGGAUGGCCGCAGGGAUUAGCGCCAAGUUUGGAGAGACUGUGCGCUCUCUGCAAAGAGCUCGACUCCUGGCUGAACGGCGCUUCUAAUCGCGUCGUUGUUUUGCAUGCUAGGGGCAGUAAGGAGCGGCUGGGUGUGGCGGUGUCCGCUUACAUGAACUACAGCAGCAUCUGCGGGGGACGCGAUCAAGCGCUGGACAGGUUCGCCAUGAGGAGGUUCCUCGACGACAAGAUUGGAUUGCUGCAGGUUCCGUCGCAUCGAAGAUACAUCGAGUAUUUCAGUGGACUGCUAUCGGGUUCACUGAGAAUCAGUCAGUCGCCAUUGUACCUGACCCAUCUAACAGUCCUCGGCGUGCCGCUCUUUGAGCCGACGGGCUGUCGAGCCUUCCUCAAGGUAUAUGAAGGACUUACGCCGGUAUAUACUUCGGAUCUGUACUCGGUGACGAACGCGCGCGAAUUCACGGUUAAUCUCGGCGGACUUCGAUUGAGGGGCGACAUCUUGGUCAAAUGCUACCACAGGGUAUACUCCAAGCAGGCUCGAGAAGUUAUGUUUUCCCUCCAGUUCCACACGUGCGUAAUUACGGAGAACGUCGUGUCCUUCCCGCGAUCGGUGCUUGACGUCGCCUGCGACGACCCUCGAUGUCCAUCUGACAGCGUGGUGACACUUUACUUCGCUACCGAUGCGAAACGUCAGAACGGCCCAAUACCGGCACCGACGCCCGCCGUGCCGCACGCAUCGGCACAUCACGAUCCUAUUCUGCACUGGGAUAGCUACACGAAUCUCGAGAUCAGCGACGAUGAAGGCCGUGAGACUCCAUUGUCACCGCCACCUCCGAGCUCUUCGGUUCAGACUUCACCACGUGGCUUGGGUUACACUUGCGGACCUAUAGAUGGAUCCUUAUACGCCGUUGUACAUCAGGGCCCUGCAGGAGGUGCCCGUGGUUCCCCAUUAACAGUUUCCAUGGAUAGUGGCAUAAGUAGUGCACCGCCACAAAGACCUAGUCCGCCAGAACCCGAGCCGGAAAAUCAAGCUCACGGGGAUCUCGACAAACUCCUUCAUGAUAUGAUGCUCACCGUUGAGUCUAUGCCAGAUCCUCCGACUGAUGAUUACAACCGUGAUCGAAGCGAGAAGAUGUACAUCCAGGAGACGCGCAGCUACAGCAGUCACGGCAGCAGCCAUCCGACGUCUACUUAUUCCACUUUGAAAGACUCCUACAGGAGCUACGGGCCUGGCAAGGAAUCCAGUCCACCUUACAAUUCGAGCAGCAGUUACAGCACCCUGAAGAACGAAUAUCGAGAAUCACCGAAGAGCAUCGAGCAUCGGCGGGACGAUUUCGAAUACCGCGCCUCCUCGGAGCGGAAGAUCCCGGAGUCCAAUGAUACCUAUAGAAAACAUACGGAUUCCUUCUCGCCGCCUGGCAACAUCGACUUCAUCGACGAAGAUAUCCCGUAUCACGCCAGGCAAACCAGUCAGCCGUUUUCGUACGGUGCCACGACUGACAUGAUAAAGCACCAGAAGCUGUCGUCGCCUUCGUUAGUGAGAAAGGCGUCUGUGCGCGGCGCGGCACCCGUCGUGGAUUUCGAGGACAUUCUUGGCGAGAAUUCCAGAAGAUCCAUCAGCCCUCUCAGUCCCAAUACUCCGGAUCCACCACCGGAAUUCGCGAAUGGACCUGUGAGGAGCGGAACAGACCACAUCGAUGGGUUGUCGUGGCUGAGACAACAGCAGUUGAAACUCGCCGCUAGAAGAGAUGAAAGGAAUCCUGGUAAGCUUUGGCGUCAAGAAACCGGAAACCGUGUCAUCGGCGAGCUCAGAAGUUUGCAGAGAGGAAGAUUAAGACACGAUGGUUAUGCGAGCGAUUCAGCGGUUCUCGACGACGAUGACGAUUCGUGGGCAGCAAGUCCCAUUUCUGGACAGCUGCCGUCGAGAGCCGUUCCGUACACCUCCGCACCAGCUAGUCCUCUACUUCCGCAGAGAUCGAGCAGCCGGAAGUAUAAUGGCAAUGUCGGAAACGGUAUUCUCGGCAGACCACGAGCGGAGAGCAUAAACGAACGGCCGUUCGUUUCCAUAAAACGCGCAUACGAGUAUCGCAAGUACGACAGUCAGAGCCCUCCGGCAUCCCCCCGUUCAGCCUUAGCGGCCACACCAUCUUUAGGGUUAACAACGGGCCAGCAAUCGAGUACCAGCAAUGCCGAGAGACAGCAUCAGCAACAGCCGCCGCGACCGGAAUCGCGCAGCGAUAGCUUCGCGCGCGCAGAUGCGUUUCUACGCGAGCACCGCCACCAUCAGCUGCAAUCCGGCGUCAACAGCAACAGCAUCAGCAACGACCACUCUGACCGGAAGCAGACUAUCUCGACCGCAGAGUACGCGGUCCCGAGCCGAAACGCGCGGCCCGAGUCGAGGAACCGCGUUCCCUAUCAGAGUUACAGUUCAGCCAGCAGCGGCGAUCAAGUGGACGGCGGAUUGCUGACGGUGGUCGAUCAGCCCGAUCCUCUCGUGAGCCUCAUUCAGUCUCUAGCCGAGAUCUCGCCGGUUCACACGUCCCCGAGCACGUCUAAAACCGAGAACGAGCAUCCUCCUGUCAACAACAAUGCAAUCGCAGCCGCCACAAUAUCCGCAAGUGUGCCUAGCAAUGUCACUAAUUGCUCCCCUAACCAGUCGCCAAAAGCAUGGCAGAAUUGCACCCAGCCGCACAAUGACUCGGCGUCAUCGUGGACCGAGAGAAGCGUCAGUCCCGGCAGCGCGAUCGUUAGCGGCGCCUCACGACCGCAAACGCCGGCGUUUCCGGUUCAUCCGCGGACGCCCUACGUUAACAAUGCGUCGCCAACAGUGACGUUCGCCAGCGAUCGCACCUACAUGACGUCCAACAACAGCUACAACGUCAACAACAAUAACGACGCUGGCGGUAACAACAACAAUAAUGUCGACAACUACGGCGCGGAACGAACGAUGUAUAUCGAAGAACGAAGAGAAGUCUCGAAGGAGACGGGACUUCCACCCAAGAGUCCGACAACACAGCGACGCUUGAGUUUCCCGGCAAGCGGGCCGCUUAAACAAACGCAUAACAAACGAUGGCCGCUCACUAACCAAUCGGCAUCAUUCGACUAUAGCAAGGACCGACCUGUUUCUCCGGUAAGCGAAUCGACGAUGUCGCAGCCACAGGCUGUUUCGCGCAGUCCUGGAACACCGACCCGUAUAGAAUUCGCCCAAAGCCCCAAGAGCGCUACGUCAUACACCUCGAUCAACAGUGGCGGCCAGUCUUCGCCGCAAGUACAAUAUUAUGGCUCGCGACGCUCCAGCGUUCAUUCGAAUACCGAGCCUCAGGAGGUGGCCGACGCCAAUGUGAAGUUCGUACGUGAUACCAGCAGAAUCUGGUACAAACCCAAUAUAUCACGGGAACAAGCAAUCUCAAUGCUGAAAGAUGCAACACCUGGUACAUUCGUGGUGCGAGAUAGCAACUCGUUCCCUGGUGCGUUCGGACUGGCAUUGAAAGUAGCGACGCCACCUCCUGGUGCACCCAGCAGCCCUCGAGAUCCUUCGAGCGAGCUCGUCAGGCACUUCCUGAUCGAGCCGACGUCGCGCGGCGUCAGGUUGAAAGGAUGCGCGAACGAGCCGGUCUUCAGCUCACUCUCAGCGCUGGUUUAUCAACACAGCUUGAUGGCUAUGGCACUGCCUUGUCAACUGCUGUUACCCGAGCCGGAAGCAGCCGCCAGAGCUUUGGACUCGCCUGGUACUAACAGCACGCAGCAGCUUCUCGCUCAGGGAGCAGCUUGUAACGUUUUGUACCUCUUCACUAUUGAUACCGAGUCCCUGACCGGGCCGCAAGCCAUCAAGAAAGCUAUCACCAGUUUGUUUGAGCAGAAGCCGCUGCCUGUUGCCACAAUUGUUCACUUUAAGGUUUCCACACAGGGCAUUACUUUGACCGAUAAUGCGAGAAAGUUAUUCUUCCGCAGACAUUAUCCCACAAAUAACAUAAGUUAUUGUGGAUUGGACACUGAGGAACGCACGUGGGAAUUCGCCGGUGAAGAUACCGGAAGACCGCUUAGCGCUCAUCGCUGCUUCGGCUUUGUAGCGAGGAAACCCGCUCACAAAUCGGACAAUCAAUGUCACGUAUUCGCCGAAUUAGAACCAGAGCAACCGGCCACGGCCAUCGUAAAUUUCGUCAAUAAAGUCAUGAUGGGAAACUCUAUCGCCAAGGCCAACAUCGUUUAAGAACUAUCACGCCCACCACAAUCGCCAAGACCAACCGGGCACGAACAUCAUCCCAGAUUCAUCGAUGACGGUUCCACACCUCCAAAACAACUAACACCGACACAUAUCUUUAGCACAAGAAAUGUAAAGGUCCAAUUAGAACGGAGCGACCGAGAAAUUAAGAAUAACGAUGUUGCGGAUGUGAUCGAUGUAUACAUCGAUUAUAAUCGAUUAGAGUCGCUAUUCUGCCGAAAUACGUGGAGGAUGCGCCGGAACGGCUGAAACGAAUAAAUCAUUAUCGUUAACUGACUACCCGUAAUAAAUCUUCGUGCAUUUCGUAGCAUUGAAUUACAAUAAUAGAACGUUCAUGUUAUAAACGGUAGGGGCAACAUAAUUAUCAAUAACACCGGAAAGAGAUCAAGGAGCUCCCUCUCUUCGAGAGUGAACGAGGAGUACGAGAGGUGAUGUGUGAAUCGAUUCCAUCCUCGCAUCGACAUGCAGUAUAAACGAGAGAAAGUUGUUGUUAUAAUUAUCGUUACUGUUGCGAUUUAACAUAGCGAAUAGUAGAGUACUACAAUGGAAAUCUAAGAAGGGUUAGGUGGUCAAAUAAUCUAGUUUGGUUUACUUUUGAUUUCUCAUAAAAAAUUAUUAACAUAUAUAUAUAAAUGUAAUGCUUUAAAAUUAUAAUUAGUUAUUCCCUGCAGACCGCUUUUUUCUACGGAAUAAAAGGUUAAUAGUGCUACACACGUAUUAUUUACUUUUUAGCAAUUGCUGUGGCACUGCAUUUUAAAUUAUAACAUUUGUAUGCGAGAUAUAUGUAAAUUUAAAACAAAAAUGUUACAUAUAUUUACUUUAAAAUAUUUCCUAAGGAACUUUUUUGCUAAGAAAUUACUAAGUUUAUGAUUUAUCCACCUUUCCCCUCUUAGGAUACGAUCGAUCGCUUGAUCAAUCGCACGCGAAUGAACUUACCGAUAGCUCGUAGUCAUAGUUGUGAAUCAACCGUGCUCUUCGCUCGAUCUACGAAGAGCAUCGAGCAUUCAAAACGAGCGUAACUCGAACGCGAUGCUAAAUGCGUCUUCGGUUUUUAAAACCGACUACGUAUGGCGUAUGCAUAAAUACACACUUAACAUUGUUACACGUACUACGUACAUAUAUGACUCUUACGCAAAGAUAACAAAUCGAUUCUCGCGCAUUAACAACGACCGAUGCAAGCACUUUAAUUUUAACGAUUUUAAUUUCUCUUUAUUUAAAGAAAUUUAUUUAUAGGAUUCAUGAAGCUUAUGGAAACUUUAUGUAUUUAUAUUUCCAAGAUUUCAAAAAUUACAAUUAUCAAAUUUUAAGGUAAAGUAAACUAAACGGAGUAACGCACCUCUCCUAAGAUAAAAUUGAACAUGCAUGCAGAUCAUUAAUAAUGCGCGAGAGCAUCGCGAAUCCAUACACGAUUACAUUAAUACUUGAGAGUUCGGCAGAAUGUUACGUCGUUGCGCAGAGCACAUUAUAUAUACACAUACGUACACGUACACAUGCAUAAAGAAACCCCCGUGUCAUGCUCCCUCGAUAUACGAUGGACGGAUGUUAUAAAUAAGUGUAAAUACGCCGCCGCGCGGGAUAAAGUCGCCUUAAAAGGAGGCCUUGUGAAGAGACAUGGUCCUGGGGAAGAUAUGGUCGCGAGCUGGCUAAUCAGCCCGCGCGAUCACGGAAAAAGCAAUGUUACGUUUAGGAUCAAUUCGAAAGUUACGCACGGGGAACGCGAAAUGCUACUCGGGGAGAGGCGUAUGCACGUGACGAGGCAGUAUCGAGCGCGUAUCCUUUCGGUGAACUUACAGAUUCUUGCCAUUUCGGGCUCGUGUGGACCGUCGAGAGCCGUCGAGUGCAACGCGCUUCCGCCUCGACGGGCACGACGAUGAGCAGUCAAUUAUUAUGAUCGCGAUUCGAUUAUAUUGUAAUUAUUGCAGCGGUAUGGCGGCGCAAGGGGGAAUACAGCCUGCCUUCCUCUCGACGUUGCUUUCUUCGCGGUCCUUACUUUUGUCUUCCGGGCGAAGAUCGGUCGGAGCUUGUUCGACGUUCUUCUUCCUCCACUCUCUGCAGAUCACUUCGAUUUACGAUUGAGGAAGGACUCGUAGUUACGCAACGUGCUAGUCAAAAUUCGUGCGGUAUAUUCGAUGAUCAAGGAGUAGAUUAACGUUGAUCCUGGGAACCUUUCUCGGGUAUGCUUGGCCCUUUAAUAAGCGGCGUGCGCAAGUUACGUUAUCUCCUGCUGAGAUCAGACGUAAAACAAGUGAAUGACGUUGUUCUUCUUGAAGAUGCUGGGCUCAAAACACGUCUUGGAACACGUGAGAAACGAUUGAGUGCCGCUAAUAGUAUCAAAGGGCCUGCUUGAGAAAACCGACCGUGUCUUCCUUUGCGUUCUUCAUCUUAUCAUUUGUCUGCCCUUUCUUCUCUGUUUGGAGUUUAUUUCGUACGCGCCCAAUCCUGACUAACAGCGUAAUAUUAAUUUAACAUUCAGUCAUUAUAAUAUAAUAAUUAUAUUAAUAUUAUUACUUGUUUACGCUCUAUUAUACUCUCUGUACGUUCACGCAAUAAUUGUAUCGUUGCGUGCCGCAUGGGUACGCGCGUAUAGUUGUAAUAACAAUAAACCAUAUUCACAUCGAA